GCCUUGGUUCUAUGUGCUUGUGUGUGUGAGUGUGCGCGAGAGGCCAGAGAAUGAUUAACCCCAGUUCGUGACGUGCCGUGCCGUGCAAGGAGCGGCCCGAUCCAAAGUUGGCUUUCGCCGCGGGAGAGGCCGGCCGGGACCAGACUGGCUGGCGUGCUCUCGGCUCUCUCUCUUCACGCCGUCUCUCCCUUUGUCUCUGGCUCGGGCUCUCUCCGGGACUGUCUCCCCCUUUCUCUGACCGUCUCUGCCGCUUUCCACGUCCGCCGAGCGGCGGCCCAGGCCUCCAAGCGCGGUGGCCCGGCUGGGCGAAUGGGGGUGAGGACGCCCCGGCCGAUCCCUGACCAUGAGGACUCUUCGCAGGUUGAAGUUCAUGAGUUCGCCCAGUCUCAGUGAUCUGGGCAAGAGAGAGCAGGCAGCCUUGGAGGAGCGAGGGGCCCAGCAGCGGCAAGCCUGCUCCAACGCCACCUGGAACAGUAUUCACAAUGGAGUGAUUGCUGUGUUCCAGAGGAAGGGCCUCCCAGACCAACAGUUGUUCCACCUCAACGAGGGAGUCAGACAGCUGCUGAAAACUGAGUUGGGCUCUUUCUUCACAGAGUAUCUCCAGUGUUGCCAUCUCUUUCAGAACCAGUUGCUAACUAAAGGCAUGGUGAUUCUCCGGGACAAGAUUCGAUUUUAUGAAGGACAGAAGCUCCUCGAUUCUUUGGCUGAAACCUGGGAUUUCUUUUUUGGGGAUGUCUUACCCAUACUCCAGGCCAUUUUCUACCCAGUUCAGGGUAAGGAACCCUCUGUCCGCCAGUUGGCCCUCCUACACUUUCGGAAUAUAAUCACGCUCAACAUUAAGUUGGAAGAUGCCUUAUCAAGGUCUCGGGCCAGGAUCCCCCCAUCCAUUGUCCAAAUGCUGUUGGUUCUCCAGGGGGUUCAUGAAUCCAAGGGUAUCACAGAAGACUACCUGAGACUCGAGGCUCUCAUCCAGAAAGUGGUCUCCCCAUACCUGGGUACCUAUGGCCUCUAUUCCAAUGAUGGACCCUUCACACAUUCCUCCUGCAUUUUGGAAAAGCGCUUUUCCCGACGUUCCAAAUCAGGUGAUAUCAUGGCGAAGAACCCUGUCGUCCGUUCCAAGAGUUACAACAACCCGCUGCUCACCCCUGUGGCAGAGUAUGAGACAGAAGGAUCGGCAGCCAAUGGCACAAGCAUCCGGAGACACUCUGUCUCUGAGAUGACAUCCUGCCCUGAGGCCCAGGACUUCUCCAGUCUCACUACUGGCCUCAAUGGUAGCUCCAAGGUCUCCACAAUGGUGCCCAAAUCAUCCCUCGAUGUGGAGACUGAGCAUGCCAGUGCCAAGGUGCAUCCCGUAGGGCAGCCACCCCUCUCAGGCCUGUACCACCAGUGCAGUGAGCCCAGCCCAACCUUUGAACUGUCCAGAGCCCCAGCCUCAGUCUCAGCCCCUUCCUCUAGCCCAGAGAACUUAGUAGAUCAAAUUUUAGAAUCCAUCGAUUCUGACUCUGAAGGCAUUUUCAUCAACUUUGACCGAGGACGCUCUAAGGCUACAGGGUAUGGAUCAGAUAGGAGCAGACAGAGUAUCGUGUGACCGUCUUACACAGGAGGAUGCCUUGGUUCAUGUCUCCAUCUAUAAAUGGGUCAAAGGUGACCUGGCACAAUGUUGGGAGCCCUGAACUGGGAAAUGGGAGGCUUGAGUUUGAGUCCCCACUCUGAUCAUCACUGGCCCUGUGACCCUGGGCAAAUCACCUUCCCUUUCUGAGCCUCCGUCUCUUCAUCUGUUAAAUAGGGAAAACAAUCCCUGCCCUUCCGACUUCCAAGGGCAGCCAUGAGGAUCCCAUAAGAUAACAUAUAUAGAGGCCCUUGUGUAUGUUUGGGGUGUGUGUGUGUGUGUGUGAGAGAGAGAGAGAGAGAGAGAGAGAGAAUGAGAAUGAGAUUCAUUGCUUAGUGUAUUUUUUAUUUUUUUACUCCCUGGUUUUCUUACACCCCCUCCCAUCAGGCUUCUUGCCAUCUGGGCAGGGUUUCUUCUGCAGGGAAGGGUAUUCUCAGUGUCCCUUCCCAUUUCUUCCUAGGAUCUAUUUGUGUCCUUGGGAACCAUUUUUGACAUUCUAAAUCCACUUACGAUCAAACGUUGAUCCAUGAUAAAGUAUUUCCCGUGACCUUGGUACUAUGGCAGGCACAAGAGAUACAAAUUUGUGCCCAACAGUCCUUGUCCUGAAGAAGUUAAGCUUCUACCCAAAGGAUAUAGCAAUGAGCUAUAAAACAAACACAAACAAACAGAUUUUCAACCAGAAGACCCUACAACUGAUUUGGAUGGGGCUUGGCCCAAGCUGGGCACCAAACCAUUGGGACAGCUUCACUUUUGGCCCAGACUUAUGGCAGAUCCCAACCCCAUCCACCAAUAGGAAAGUCCCAAGGCUGACCCCAGCACAUAUGGUCAUCUUAAGUGGACCCACACCUACAUAUACCGCCCCCCAACCUCCUUUUAGAAGUCACCAUUCCAAGAAAGACUUUCAGUGACAACAUCACACCAGGGAAGCCUCCCAACUGCACAGUGUUAGUCUUCAUGAGCCCAGCAGCUUUCCCGAGUCAGGGAACUUUGUGAAAGUGUCCCAAAGCUCCAUGGAUCUUAACAGUCUGACACCAUUAGCAGUAACAACCAAGCCUUCCCACCUCUAUUCCCCACCAAACAAGCUGGUGCUGUUGGCCCUGUCUCCUGCUGACUCCUUCCAUAACUUAGCCACAGGCCUUGAGCACAACUCUGAUGUCCCUCAUUCCACCCCUCAGCAGUGAUGGCUCAGACCAGGAAUAGGGGGAUGAACUCUUCCCCUCUGUCCUGGAACCUGGGACUGGAAAUGUAGCCAAAGAAAGGGGCCAGUCUGUAGCUGGACGCCUCUUCCGCCUUCUCCCCAACCUCCCUGCCCACCAGAUAGCAAAGAAGAAGGAAUGCUCCUCGGGGCUGUCUGGCCAAAAGCCUCACCUGGGCUCCGGAAAGGACACUUAACUGGUCCCACCCUCCCACCCCAUCCAGGACUAAGAUGAUCUGUAAAAUGAGAGUGGGUGGGGUGGUGCAGCAGCUGGUGCCUGGCCUUCUGGUCUGGGCACUUGGACUGCAGGUUCUCUCUUUUCCCCUCAUGGAUCCGAGCCCCAGCCAGCCACUGGAAAUCUCAAUUAAAGUCCAUGAAUAGAAAA